GGGCGGUGGCAGCGGGCACUGGUCCUCUGAAGUUGCCCCACAGCGGAGCAGCUGUGCUCAGCCUCUCCCUAGCCAGGGGACCUUGGGCACCAAUCACUGCUGGCUUCCCAGGGGGUCCGCCCGGUGCUCUAGAAGCGAAGGCUGAAAGUUACCCACUGCAGGAAUCGGAACUAGCCGGGAGAAGACUGCAGGGCCCGCUGGAUGUUAGAAACAAGCUGCUCUUGCAGCUUUGUAAACUCAUUCUGUUUUUCUUAAUGAGAGAGGUGCUGGGCCAGGCACUCUCUGGUGAGCACCGGUUUGAUCCAAGAGGAAGAAAGGUUUCCCUCUCCGUUUCCUUAAAUUCAAACUAAAUCCCAGUUUAGUCCUCUGAAACUAGAAGCACGUGGCCAAGCAGGCUGGACACCCACCUCCUUUGACUGGCUGUGUCCUUCCUGUAGGCAAGCUCUACGGGAAGCUAGUCAUAAUCAGGAGGUUGUGUGGUGCACUCUGGAGUCAGAGCUGGGACGUUUGUUAUCCAGUCGUGUUACCCUGGGAAGGAGGAUCCUCUGCAUCCUAGGGGCUGAGCUGCCACCAGGACCAGGCAGGACGUGCUUCAGAUGUGCUCCUCGCGCUUUCCAGUGUCUCAGCCAAGAGAGGAGGCUCCACAGCCAAUGUUGGGAUUUGGUGCUUAGAAACUCGCUUUUCUUCGGAGUCAGGCAAAUAGGUGUUCCUUGAGAGUAGCACUCAGGAACUCUUUGGGGCAUUUGGUGGAAAGACCAACAAAGGGAUUUUGCCUGCUGGAGCCGCAUAUGGUGUCCCUCCUGCCAGGUGUGUGGAGGCCAGCAUGAAGCUGAAAAAGCAGGUGACAGUAUGUGGGGCCGCUAUCUUCUGUGUGGCCGUCUUCUCGCUCUACCUCAUGCUGGACCGAGUGCAGCAUGAUCCCACCCGUCACCAGAAUGGCGGGAACUUCCCCCGGAGCCAAAUUUCUGUGCUGCAGAACCGCAUUGAGCAGCUGGAGCAGCUGUUGGAGGAGAACCAUGAGAUCAUCAGCCACAUCAAGGACUCGGUGCUGGAGCUGACAGCCAAUGCGGAGGGCUCGCCCGCCCUGCUGCCCUACUACACGGCCAAUGGCUCCUGGGUGGUGCCCCCAGAGCCCCGGCCCAGCUUCUUCUCCAUCUCCCCUCAAGACUGCCAGUUUGCUUUGGGGGGCCGGGGCCAGAAGCCAGAGCUGCAGAUGCUGACCAUAUCAGAGGAGUUGCCCUUCGACAACGUGGAUGGCGGCGUGUGGAAGCAAGGCUUCGACAUCUCCUACGGCCCGCACGACUGGGACACUGAAGCCCUGCAGGUGUUUGUGGUGCCUCACUCCCACAAUGACCCGGGCUGGAUCAAGACCUUUGACAAGUACUACACGGAGCAAACCCAGCACAUCCUCAACAGCAUGGUGUCCAAGCUGCAGGAGGACCCCCGGCGGCGCUUCCUCUGGGCAGAAGUCUCCUUCUUUGCCAAGUGGUGGGACAACAUCAAUGCCCAAAAGAAAGCAGCAGUCCGCAGGCUGGUGGGAAACGGGCAGCUGGAGAUUGUGACAGGAGGCUGGGUGAUGCCGGACGAGGCCAACUCCCAUUACUUUGCGCUCAUUGACCAGCUCAUUGAGGGACACCAGUGGCUGGAGAGAAACCUCGGUGCGACUCCGCGCUCUGGCUGGGCAGUGGACCCCUUUGGACACAGCUCCACCAUUCCUUACCUGCUGCGCCGUGCCAACCUGACCAGCAUGCUGAUCCAGAGGGUGCAUUACGCCAUCAAGAAGCACUUUGCUUCCACCCACAGUCUGGAGUUCAUGUGGAGGCAGACCUGGGACUCGGACUCCGACACGGACAUCUUCUGCCACAUGAUGCCCUUCUACAGCUAUGAUGUGCCCCACACCUGUGGCCCGGAUCCCAAGGUCUGCUGCCAGUUUGACUUCAAACGCUUGCCGGGCGGACGCAUCAACUGCCCCUGGAAGGUGCCACCCCGGGCGGUCACAGAGGCGAACGUGGCCGAGAGGGCCACGCUGCUCCUGGACCAGUACCGGAAGAAGUCCCGGCUGUUCCGAAGCAAUGUCCUCCUGGUGCCGCUGGGCGACGACUUCCGAUACGACAAGCCCCAGGAGUGGGAUGCCCAGUUCUUCAACUACCAGCGGCUCUUUGACUUCCUCAACAGCAAGCCCGAUCUCCACGUGCAGGCCCAGUUUGGCACCCUCUCUGACUAUUUUGACGCUCUGUACAAGAGGACCGGGGUGGAGCCAGGGGCCCGGCCUCCAGGGUUCCCUGUGCUGAGCGGGGAUUUCUUCUCCUAUGCGGACCGGGAGGACCAUUACUGGACCGGCUAUUACACUUCCCGGCCCUUCUACAAGAGCCUGGACCGGGUCCUGGAAGCCCACCUGCGGGGGGCAGAGAUACUGUACAGCCUUGCUGUCGCUCACGCCCGCCGCUCCGGACUGGCUAGCCGGUACCCGCUCUCCAACUUCGCCCUCCUGACGGAAGCCCGGCGCACUCUGGGCCUCUUCCAGCACCACGAUGCCAUCACCGGCACGGCCAAGGAGGCCGUCGUGGCAGACUACGGCGUCAGGCUCCUGCGCUCCCUUGUCAACCUGAAGCAGGUCAUCAUCAAUGCAGCUCACUAUCUGGUGCUGGGGGACAAAGAGACCUACCACUUCGAUGCCGAGGCACCCUUCCUCCAAAUGGAUGACACCCGCUUAAAUCACGAUGCCCUGCCGGAGCGCACAGUGAUCCAGCUGGAUUCCUCACCCAGGUAUGUGGUGCUCUUCAACCCCCUGGAACAGGAGCGGCUCAGCGUGGUGUCCCUGCUGGUCAGCUCGCCCCGGGUGCGUGUCCUUUCAGAGGAGGGUCAGCCCCUGGCGGUGCAGAUCAGCGCACACUGGAGCUCUGCCACCAACAUGGUCGCUGAUGUCUACCAGGUGUCUGUGCCCAUGCGCCUGCCGGCCCUGGGCCUCGGCGUGCUGCAGCUGCAGUUGGGCCUGGACGGGCACCGCACCCUGCCGUCCUCCGUGCGCAUCUACUUGCAUGGCCGGCAGCUGUCCGUCAGCAGGCAGGACGCGUUCCCUCUGCGCAUCAUCGACUCGGGCGCCAGUGACUUCGCCCUCAGCAACCGCUACAUGCAGGUCUGGUUCUCAGGCCUCACCGGGCUCCUCAAGAGCAUCCGAAGGGUGGACGAGGAGCAGGAGCAGCGGGUGGACGUGGAGUUCCUCAUCUAUGGCACCCGUGGGUCCAAAGACAAGAGUGGAGCCUACCUCUUCCUGCCUGAUGGGGAGGCCCAGCCCUACGUCCCCAAGGAUCCCCCCGUGCUGCGUGUCACCGAAGGCCCUUUCUUCUCCGAGGUGGUUGCCUACUACGAGCAUGUCCGCCAGGUGGUCCGGCUUUAUAAUCUGCCAGGGGUGGAGGGGCUGUCUCUGGACAUGUCAUCCCUGGUGGACAUCCGCGACUACGUCAACAAGGAGCUGGCCCUGCGCAUCCACACGGACAUUGACAGCCAGGGUGCCUUUUUCACGGACCUCAAUGGCUUUCAGGUGCAGCCCCGGCGCUACCUGAAGAAGCUGCCCCUGCAGGCCAACUUCUACCCCAUGCCAGUCAUGGCCUACAUCCAGGACGCACACAACCGCCUCACGCUACACACUUCCCAGGCCCUGGGGGUCUCCAGCCUGCACGAUGGCCAGCUGGAGGUGAUCCUGGACCGACGGCUGAUGCAGGAUGACAACCGGGGUCUGGGCCAAGGGCUCAAGGACAACAAGAGAACCUGCAACCAUUUCCGCCUCCUGUUGGAGCGGCGAACCCUGGGCAGUGAGCCUGGCUUUUUCUCCAAACUGGCAGCCAUGUUUAGGGACUUGGUCUUUCAGAGCAGCAGGAGCGGUAACCUCGAGGUCCAGGAUGGCCGCUCCACCAGCUACCCGUCCCUCCUCAGCCACCUGACCUCCAUGUACCUGAACACCCCAGUGCUUGCCCUGCCCGUAGCCAAGAGGCAGCUCCCGGGCCCCAGUCUGCGCUCCUUUCAUCCCCUGGCCUCCUCUCUGCCCUGUGACUUCCACCUACUCAACCUGCGUACGCUGCAGGCCGAGGAUGACGCCUUGCCUUCGGCGGAAACUGCGCUCAUCUUACACCGCAAGGGGUUCGACUGUGGCCUUGAGGCCAAGAACUUGGGCUUCAACUGCACCACAAGCCAAGGCAAGGCGGCCCUGGGGAGCCUCUUCCACGGCCUGGACGUGGGUUUCCUGCAGCCGACCUCCCUGACGUUACUGUACCCUCUGGCCUCACCCUCCAACAGCACUGACGUCUAUCUGGAGCCCAUGGAGAUCGCCACCUUCCGCCUCCGCUUGGGCUAGGGCUUCCUGUGGCCUGAAGAGAAAGUUCAUCCACAGAGACUGCCUCUUACACGAGGUCGGGUGGGACAAACCGGAUGGGUAUCCUGUCCCGAUCUACCUCUCAGAACUGUGACACGCUGGGCUCCGCCCUCAUUUUCUGUUUAUCGUUGCUUCUGUGUCCGGUGGCAGCCCCAAGCCCCGUGUCGGGUAGACAGGGCAGACACUAGUGAGAUCGUGACAAGAGGGCCCUGGGUCAGAGUGCGCGGUGCCGGCCUCAGCUUUGGGUUAUGAGUGGCGCCCAGUUGGGCACAGGCUCAAGCACCCAUCAUUGUCCCAUAAUGGGAUGGAGGAGAAGCAGGGUCAGAACAGGUAGGGGAGGCUGAGUGGGUAGCAGCCCAGCGCCGGGGUCACUGGAGGCAGGACCUGGCUCUAGGGGGACCCUCCGGUUACGGAGGGACUGCUUGUCCGGAUGUGACCAGCAGGAGCUGAGUGACGGCUGGGAGGAGGGGGAUGGGGACCCAGAGUUAGCACUGGGGCAGCAGAGGAAUCCCUGCUUUCUGUGACGGUUCCGCCCUAAGAGCUCCCUGGCCUCCCCGGCUCGGGGCUGUGGGGUGGCAGGAAGGACUCGCGAGAGACCAUGUCAUGGCCAGAGCUCAGAGGAUGCUUCAGAUACCAGACCUCCCCCCCACCUCA